AGCACAUGUGCGCAAUAUGGAUACACCACACGAGCCAAGUCCACGUGCAUGCAGUGCGUAGUGUGUGAUGAUACUUCGAGGUCUGAAACUUUUGAUCUGCAGAAGUGAUAUUUUGCAUGUUUUGAGGGUCCCCGGAGUUGCCAGGAGAAUUAAGAGAACAAUGAGUGUGAAAGUGUUGGACGGAGGACUGGGAAGUGAGCUUCAAUACACGGGUCUUGUCAGCAUUGAAGAUGAACUCUGGAGUGCUCGGCGUCUAAUAACUGGUCCAGAUGUGAUCAAGGCAGUACAUAAGAGUUUCCUUGAGAGUGGAUCAGACAUCAUUAUUACUGCUACAUAUCAGGCAAGUAUUCAGGGCUUCAUUGAAUCUGUUGGCUUGUCGAGAGAGGGCGCUCUUGAAUUGUUUGCAGUUGCAACCAGAGUGGCUGUAGAAGCCGUGGAAGAGUUCUGGGCUGAAAACAAAGACAAAGACCCAGGGAGACAGAAACCAAUCGUAGCUGGUUCCCUGGGCCCGUACGGUGCCAGUCAGCAUGACAGCUCUGAAUACAGCGGUGUUUACGCAGAUACGAAAACAAAAGAGGAACUGAAAGAAUGGCACAGGCCACACCUGGAGGCCAUGGUGAAAUCUGGGUUGGACCUGAUUGCCAUGGAAACCAUUCCAUGUCAAGUAGAGGCAGAGGCUCUCGUGGAACUACUCAAGGACUUUCCUGAGACCAAGGCAUGGCUCAGUUACUCAGUCAAGGAUGACAAGCACAUUUGGUACGGUGAGACUUUUGCUGACGGCGUCAAGGCAGUCGUUGAUUCUGAUCAGAUCAUCGCCGUAGGCUGCAACUGCUGCAAUCCAAAUAGCGUAACAGCACUCCUUGAGAGUGCCAAGGGUUUCAUAGGUGCCAAGCCGUUUGUUGUCUACCCAGAUAAGAGGAAGGAAUUUCUGGAUGGAAGGAAACUUGGGGAGUACAAAGUCCCUGACUUGGAGAGCAUGGUGCCCAGAUGGAUAGAGCUAGGGGCAUGUUAUGUCGGUGGUUGCUGCGGCUCAAGGCCUGAAGAUGUACAGAAAAUUGCAGAAGUUGUCAAGAAGUACAAUUCUUCAUCAUAACAGUAGAUGGCCAAAGCUUAUCAUUCUAUUAGAUUCAGGAUUGGAGGCUUCUAGUCACUUAAAAGGUCAAAAUGUAGAUGCAUAAAGACUUGUCUGAUGUUUUUACUUAAAUUCCAAGACAAAAGGAUGUAUUCCAAUUCUGAGAAGAAUUCAAGUUCAGAGAUUUGUUUUCUCCAAAUGCCCAGUGCAAAGAUUUCUACACCAUCAUACUGGCUUCGUAUAGCGAAUGGUUGUAGUUUGACAAACAUGACAAACGCUGCAAUUUGAUUAAUGUUUGUUAUGAAAUAUUUACAAGUAUGUUGCCGAAUUUGUUGUGGCUCUGUUGCGACUUUGAAUGACUCACUGGUACUAGCAGACGACCUAAGAUGGAGUUAACAGAAACAGAUCUAGAGGGGGGGGGGGGGGUUCGCAAUCCCCUGUUCAGCAACUGACUAAUGUUACGAUCUGUAAAAUGGCGUCAAAAUUUGUAGUAAAUGGAAUACCAAAGUUCCUAAAUGUAUUCUCAAAUUGCUGGGCUCCAUGCACCAACAAAAGAGGGCACAUUUUAAUUGUUUUUUAGAGCUCCUUGGACGGGACACACAGCGUGGGCGUACUGUACUGGUUCGCGCGUAGCUUUCAAAUUUUUCUGGGGGAGGGGGUACCGAUUUCCCACCCCCACCCCUUAUAUUUCCUGAGAGCUAGGAAACCUCCCCAGUUUAUAAGUUACGCUCACUACAUGCUUGUUGUUGGUCAUAAUGUUUGAGUUGAAAAUGUGUUUUUGUGGACAGCGGAUCUUCACGUUUUACAAUCAGUUCAUCAAUUAUUGAUCCUAUAAAUAAACUCCGUUGUGAAAGACCUGAUCAAGUAGAGCUUUAUAUUCUGGAAUAGCUUUUAAAAAUAUAUUGUUUUAUACUGUAUGUAAAUGUAUAUGGUAAAAUGGUAAAAUAUCGUUUCAUGUCUGUGAUGUUCAGACCAGAUUUGUUUUCGGCAAGUCAUGGUGUGAGAAACCAGAAUACAUGUACAUUAGGGGUACUUUAGUAUUUUAUUGCAAAACAAUUGUUACACUGAAAGUUUUGUGUUCAUAGAUGCUGGAAAAAAAUUGUUCUUGCAGUCUGGUUCCCUGCCCCUACUUCAGAUGAAACAGCAAUUUAUAGAUCAGCAAACUGUCAGGUCAAGGAACCAGACUAGCCAGCAUGCACCCAUUCAGGGAUGUGUAACCAAUUUUUCUGAUGGUUGCCAUCGUUAGUGAAUAGAUACAAAAAUUCUGCUUUUCUUGAAAAUGACAGCAGGUGCCAUGAUUUCACAGGAUGCUUGAGACUAUUAUUCACAUACAGAUAAUUAAGGCACUUCAUGAUAAUUUGGUAGAUGUUGAACAUCACCUUUAACCCCUUAAGCACGGGUUAUAAUGGGGACAUUCCUCCACACAUAGAGCAAGUGGCCCGCAUGACUGCACAGCCUUUGUGUGGUAGCGGGACUGCACAAAAGCAGCAGCUGUGGAACUACCCACUAGCCCUGUGCCACGGCAUACCACAGCUGGCAACUGCAUUCCAAUGAGGAUGACCACUUCCCGAGCGCAUGGGGUUAAGCUCUAAUCAAUUCAGAUUUGGUUUCGAUUUCCAUCUAGUAUAAACCUCCUACAGACAAUGAAUAACGCUACAUGUAUUUACAAUAUUUAUUGUUGGUUUUCUUGCUGUAUUUAUUACACCCUGUUCAAAAUAAAAUAGUUAAAACUACACAGCCUUGUAAAUGUCUUUUCUGUCAGAGCAAAAUUCAAAUAAUCCACCAUAAGUAUCACAUUCAAGGUGCUACAACACUG